UGCGUGUCGAAUUAUCUGUACAUACAACUGACAUGCAAGUGAUGGCGAUCAAUAGGUCGUCACGGCUCAUGCGAUUUGCAUGGAAAAAACUUAAGGAUCAUGGCCAAAACAUCCACCAGGCGAAUCGCUCAAAAGCAGGACCGUUGUGGGGUCCAGCGUCUCGCUAUGCUGGAUCCCUGCAUUGAGAGAGGCACGUCUGCCUGUGUUCUGUCUCGAUGCACUGCAUGUCGGUGCACGUGGCUGCCUGACCUGAUGACAUAAAAAGAUCAUCAAUUAAUGUACAUACAUUUUGUUACAAGUCUAAUGACUAACCGUCCUCUUCUGGCAACUCCUCCUCUCUUUUCCCCUUCUUGCUUGCCCUCGUACGCAUAGCCCUCGUACGCAUAGCCACCCCCUCACCAACCUCCCUGGCCUGUUCUUCCACCGCCUGAGCGGCGAGCUCCGACGAAGGCACCUCAUCCCGUGCCCAUUCUCUAUACUCAACAGCCAUCUGAAUAGCCCUAUCUACAUCAUCUCUGUCAGCAGACAACACUCAGUCUCGGAAUCUCUUGUCGAAUGUGUGGUCACCGUGCACGAGCUGACAUCGAACGUACACCCUGCUGACUUCUGGCUGACUUGGGGAUCAUGUCCAUCUCUCCUGAGUCCAACAGACAAGUGCUUCCUGUCAGGCCAGCCUUCCUCGUCUUGAGGGGGCAAAAAGUCCAGACGCGUGUGCACCGCCGCCUUCGCCUCUUCGGACCCUCCCGGCUGGCGAACGUGUAAUCUGACAUGUCCGUGCCGUCCCAACCGAUGCGCCUACGUGUCUGGUCCCUCCAAACAGUGGCCUCACGAAUGGCAUCCUUGACGCCCUCCUCGGUGGCCGAGAGGAUGCGGAAGUAACGUCGUUGGCCGACAUGGAGAUCCAUCUGGCGCAGUCUGAUGACAAAAAUCAAUUUCCUCAUGACUGCAUGUUGCAUCUCUCGAGCUGCUC